AAAAGAAAAAAGCAGAGAAAGACCUCAAUGAAAAAGAAGUUCAAUCAAACCCCAAAUAAAUUUUUUUUUUCUAUGCCUUUUCCCACUUCUCAAAGGGCAUCACAUAAUGCAACAACAACAACAACAAAAAUAGCAACACCAAACACCAAACACCAACAACACCGAAUUUAGCAAACCUUGAAGCAAACACUUUUACACUUAAAAAAACCUUAAUCAUACCUUAACAACUCUCUAAUCAGCACUGAGAAAGUGAGAAUUUUUCCAUGCUCAUGUGGGUUUUUGAGUAUUUUAAGGUUUGAGGUUAUUUAUUUUUCAUCACCAAAUCUAACAAACUCUAAAAUCAACUGGGAAAAAAAGAGAGAGACCAAACUCAUCAAUGGCUUCAAGUAGCAGAGCUACACACUCACACAGCACCAAAACCAACAGUAACACCAACAAUAGCGAAGCUCAAAACAUGAGGCUUCAACAAAGUGAGUCCACAAUCCCCAAAGCCAUUGCACAGUACCCAGUGGAUGCUCGUCUUCACGCUGUGUUUGAACAGUCCGGCGAGUCAGGUAAGUCCUUUGAUUACUUUCAGUCCAUUAGAACCACAACAGACUCAGUAACUGCGGAAGAGAUGGGAGCUUACUUUUCUAAAAUCCAAAGGGGAGGUCAUAUCCAACCUUUUGGUUGUAUGAUUGCUGUAGACAAAGUUUCUUUCAGUGUAAUUGCUUAUAGUGAAAACGCACGCGACAUGCUUGCUCUUUUGCCUCAGUCAGUUCCCAGUUUAGAAAAGCCUGAGAUUUUGACAAUUGGGACUGAUGUGAGGACGCUCUUCACGAACUCCAGCUCUGAAUUGCUUGAGAAGGCGCUUAGAGCUAGGGAAAUUACGUUGGGGAACCCGGUUUGGAUUCAUUCCAAGAAUUGUGGGAAGCCCUUUUACGCGAUUUUGCAUAGGAUAGAUGUUGGGAUUGUGAUCGAUUUGGAACUUGCAGGGACUGAGGACCCAGCUCUGUCGAUUACCGGGGCGGUUCAGUCACAGAAGCUGGCUACCCAGGCGAUCUCUUCGUUGCAGUCAUUACCUGGUGGGGAUAUUAAGUUAUUGUGUGAUACUGUGGUGAAGAGAGUGAGGGAGCUUACUGGGUAUGAUAGGGCUAUGGUGUAUAUGUUUCAUGAGGAUGAGCAUGGUGAGGUUGUGGCAGAGAGUAAGAGGCCGGAUUUGGAGCCAUAUAUUGGGUUGCAUUAUCCGGCCACGGAUAUACCUCAGGCCUCGAGGUUUUUGUUACAGCAGAAUAGGGUUAGGAUGAUUGUGGAUUGUCAUGCCAUGCCGGUUAGGGUGAUUCAGGCUGAUUGGCUUGAGCGGCCUUUGUGCUUGGUUGCUUCAACGCUUCGUGCUCCUCAUGGCUGUCAUGCUCAGUAUAUGGCUAAUAUGGGCUCGACUGCCUCAUUGGCAAUGGCGGUUAUUAUCAAUGGAAAUGAUGAGGAAGGAGUUGGUGGGCGGAGUUCAAUGAGGUUAUGGGGUUUGGUGGUUUGUCAUCACACUUCUGCUAGGUGCAUUCCAUUCCCUCUUCGCCAUGCUUGUGAGGUCUUAAUGCAGGCUUUUGGACUCCAAUUGAAUAUGGAGUUGCAAUUGUCAUCACAGAGGUUGGAGAAACGUGUUUUAAGGAUGCAUACCCGCUUGUGUAAUAUGCUUCUUCGUGACUCACCUACUGGGAUCGUUACUCAAGGGGCUGGUAUUAUGAAAUUUGUGAAUUGUGAUGGGGCAGCCCUCUACUAUCAAGGAAAGUACUACCCUCUGGGUGUGGCCCCAACUGAGGCCCAGAUAAAGGACAUAGUAGAGUGGUUGUUGGUUUUCCAUGGAGAUUCCACAUAUUGGAGCACAGACAGUUUGGGUGUUGCUGGGUACAAUGGAGCAACCUCACUUGGAGAUGCAGUUUGUGGAAUGGCUGUUGCUUAUAUCACAAAAAGGGAUUUCUUGUUCUGGUUCCGGUCCCACACUGCAAAAGAGAUCAAAUGGGGUGGCGCAAAGCAUCACCCUGGGGACAAGGAUGAUGGGCAGAGGAUGCAGCCGCGCUCUUCUUUCGAGACAUAUCUGGAAGUGGUAAAAAGCCACAGCUUGCCAUGGGAGAAACCAGAAAAGGAUGCAAUCAACUCUCUGCAGCUUCUUCUGCGAGACUCAUUUAGAGAUGCUGAGCUUGGGGACAUGGAGUUGCAAGGUAUGGAUGAACUCAGUUCGGUUGCAAGAGAAAUGGUCAGGUUGAUAGAGACUGCAAUUGCUCCUAUAUUUGCUGUAGAUGUCGAUGGCUGUAUAAAUGGGUGGAAUGCAAAGGUUGAAGAGUUGACAGGGCUCUUAGUUGAAGAAGCUAAGGGGAAGUCUUUGGUUCGUGAUCUUAUUUAUAAAGAAUACGAAGAAACAGUAGAGAAGCUUCUUUCUCGAGCUUUAAGAGGUGAAGAAGAUAGGAAUGUAGAGAUAAAACUGAGGACAUUUGGCCCUGAGCAUCAUAAGAGGGCUGUAUUUGUGGUAGUCAAUGCUUGCUCUAGCAAGGAUUACACAGAUAAUAUAGUAGGAGUUUGUUUUGUUGGUCAGUCAAACAGUAAGUACAACGACUUUCGCAAAAAGGGGCUGGACCACUAUGGGUUGCUAAGACAGCUCCUCCCCACGGUUGCACAAACAUCCUCUGCCCAACAUGUCAGUGCAGUUGAUGUGGACGAGCAAGGCAGCAACCCAAAAAGGAAGCGACUGUCUCACACCGACACCUCAAGCGUGAAGAAGAGGAAAGCUGUGUCCUUUGCCAAAGGUCACAAAAUUUUGGUCUCUAUGUCUGAUAAACUUGAUAAUGAAACCUUGUUCGAGGCCACUGAAAAAUUAGUAAAGGCUGAAUGGAGGGAAGCUUUCGUCAACUUCACUUCGGAUAGACGACUGGGCUGGAUCAAGUAUCUGACUAGGUCAUCCUAGGGGAGUUUGUUCAGUUGCUUGUAUGGCUUAGUGGGGGCACAUUGUAUUGUGCUAAGGAACAAUUAUGUAAAUUAUAUUUGAAUAUGCAUGUUAAUGACCGCACUAUUUGGUGUUGGGUUUUUUUUUGUUUGAUUAGGAAGUUUUAGGAUU